UUGGUAUGUCUUGUGAUUCUAUAACCUGUUAAUUAUAUUAUUCAUUUAUCUUUAUUGAUCAAAUAUUAUUAACGGUAAAUUAUUAAAAUUAUUAUAUUUCACCAUUGGAUAUUCCUAAAUGAGAGUUGCUACACAUGCUGGAAGUUGGUAUUCAAACUCAUCUGGUGCUCUUGAAUCUGAAAUUAAGUCUUCCUUUCAAGGAUUAACUAAUGCUGCUUACAAGACUCUUAAGUAUAUAAUUGCGCCACACGCUGGAUAUGCUUAUUCACUUAAAACUGCAGCUCACGCGUACAGUCAAAUCGACUCCGCUUCUUAUAAAACUAUCUUCGUACUAGGUCCAUCACAUCAUUUCUUUCUAAGAGGUUGUGCUGUUGACAGAUUCUCAUCUCUGCAAACACCACUAGGACCUCUCCAAGUUGAUGUUGAUAUUGUCGAUAAGCUUUCAAACCUCAAGGGCUUUUCUGUAAUCAACAAUGAAGCAUCAGAAGACGAACACUCAAUUGAGAUGCAUUUACCUUUACUCAGAUUCGUUUUCAAAAAGGAACCUGUUAAGGUAGUUCCAAUAAUGGUCGGAGAUUUCAGCGAAUCUCUUGCUGAUGAACUAACUUCUGCACUGGUCCCAUAUUUCAAUGAUGAGCGUACAUUGUUCGUCUUCUCUUCUGAUUUUUGUCAUUUCGGAUCAAGAUUUCAAUUCUCAAUCACUGGAUACGAGUCUGAAAACAAGCCUUUAUACGAGAAAAUUGAAAUGCUUGACAAACGUGGCAUUGACCUCAUCGUAAACCAUAAACACGACGACUUCCUCUGGUAUUUGACUGAAACUGAGAACACUAUUUGCGGUAGAAAUCCAAUCCUACUACUUUUAAGGCUUUUGGCUGCCUCUAACCUUAAUGUGACCUCAAGGCUUCUCCACUACUCUCAAUCUUCACGGAUUACAAGAGUUAGCGACUCGUCGGUUUCCUACGCCGCAAUUGUGGGAUUGGUUCAGAACUAAUUCAAAUAACCCAUUUAACCCAAUGAACCUAACUAAAUAAACAUGGAUACACUAUAAAAGUAUAGAGAUUUAAUUUACUAUUUGAUUUG